AUGCGUAACACACUACCUCUUCUCUCCCGCCCUCCCGCUCCCCACUCGUCCUUCUCCCGUGCACACUCUCCCGUCCCUCCGUCCGAUUCGCCUUCGUCUCAACAGCACAUGCCCACCAUCCGUCUCAUCUCUGCGACCCCGUCGGCGGCAGGUUCCGCAGGCGACGCCAGCACCUCCUUCGCCAGCUCCUCCUUCGUCUCCGUCGCCCCCUUCGCGUCCUCGUCUCCCCUGGCGCCCAAACCCGCCUCCGCAGACGCGCCCAAGAAGCGCCUCGUCCCCAAGCGGUCCAAGCUCGGUCUCCUCGGCGGCAGCAGCAAGUCGAAGGAGAAGCCUAGCAAGGACUUCUCCGACGUCGUCCGCCGCGUCGGCGGCGCGCCCUCCACGGGGCGUGGCGGCUUCGAGAUCUACGUCGACCAGAACGACGACCCGGAGCUCGGGGAGAUCGUCGUCAUCAAGAAGAAAAAGUCUCGGCUUGGCCUGGACGGCAUGAAAUGGGGCGCGCUCGGUGAGACGACGAACAUCCCCGCCGCUGCCAAGGAGCAGCCCGCGGCCGACAACCUGUUGAAGGUCAGCAAGGGCGACGAGAACCAGAAGUGGUGGAGUAUCGGGAGAGGGAGGAAGGACUCGAAGGGCAAGGAGAAGGAGAAGGAGCAGAAGCCUCCGGCCCGCUCCAAGACACCCGAGCCUUCCAAGCCUCUCGAAUCCCGCAACCGGUUCAACUCGCUCGACUCUGGCAUCCUCCUCAACAGUCCCGCGUCGCGGCCCCAGAAGCAGGGGACGGUCUCCUCCGUCAAGUCUCUGCUGGAGGUCCCGGUCGUCACCACCACCCCAGUCGACGAGAACGCUCCCGCUUCUGCAAAUGGUCUGCUGUCUGCUGACGCCGCCGUCCCUACUGGCUCCAUCGCUGUGCGCGCGAUCCGCUCGAUGCGGUCGCUCGCGCGCAUGGCAAGUUGGGCGCAACUCUCGAACGCGAAUGAAAAGGAAGGCAACACGGGCGCUGCUAAUGCCCUGAACGAGACGGUGACGACGAAGGCCAGCAAGCCCUCCAAGGAGAGCGGCGAGAAGAAGAGCAAGGAUAAGGAGACCAAGGAGAAAGGCGAGGCGAAGAAAAAGAAGAAAAAGGACAAGGAGAAGCCGAAGGAGAAGGAAAACAAGGCGAAGGAGAAGCAGCUGGAGAAGGAGAAGGAGAAGAUGACGAACACCAUCCGCUGCUCUGGCAGCAGCUUCGAGGCGGGCGCGCUCAGCUCGCAGGGUAGCCCCGCCGCCGCAACGUACCUUCAGCCCGCAGACGCCGCGCGCACGCUCACGACGCGCAAGAAGCAGAGCAUCCUCGGGCUCGGGCUUCCAUCCACGAUGCGCCUAUCGACUGUGCGCGACGUCUCCGCUGGCUCGACCGCGUCUUCCGUGGGCCCCAGCAGUGAGACUGGGAUCCCGCAGGCCCCGCAGCGCCUCUCGGUCGACUCGGCGCACCUGAUCAUGAACGCCCAGGGACGGCCCUCGUCGAUCCUCUCCAGCGGCUCCUCGCUCCGGCCCCCGUCUACCAUCUCGGGUAUCUCUGUCGACUCGACGGGGCGCUCCGCGCGCUCGUCGAGCAGCUCGGUCGUCUCCGUCCGCUGGGACGACGCGGCGAUCAAGAGCGUGAAGGAGAUGACGCGGCAGGAGCGGCGCACGCGGCGCGAGCACGACCGCGAAAAGGAGCGCGAGGAGAAGGAGGAUGGCAAGAAGACGAAGCGCGAGAGCAGGCAGUCGUCCGAGUCCCGCCGGCGCACGCCGAUCUCCGAUAUCUUCCCUGAGACGCAGGUGGGCGCGCAGAGGCAGUCGACGGGUUCGCUGUCGCCCCGGGGCUCGCUCGCGGACCAUCCGAUGGUGCGCAUUGAGGAGGCGACGGCGGACGGGCAUUCUCCGCCCACAGACGACGAGAAGGUCGACGAGGGCGCGAGCUUGAGCGAGACGCCUGUGAAGCGGGCGAGGGCGCGUCCUGUUUCGGAGCAGAUGCUUGGACGGCCGAGGCCGCAGGCGAUUUGCGAGAACAGCGAGGCUAUGCUUUCACUUCUUGACGCUGCGACGAACGACCUCGCCUCGCUCAUCAACCGCCUUGACCUCGAGGCGACUCCCGGAAGCACGGCCGGCACGCCUCUCAAUUUGACACCUUUACAGAUGCAGCAAGCGAACCAGGAGAGCCCUCUCAGGCGACGUGCAAUGCUCCAGCGCGGGAGUCCGCUCAAGGGCGAGCUGCGCGAGAGCACGGCGUCCAUCGCGUCCCUCCGGCCGUAUGCGAAGUCGCAGUCGUCCGCGGACCCGCCUAAAAUCUUCAUCGAGCCGGCGCACACGCAGUCGAAGGCCACACAGCUCGUCGGGCAGCAGAUCGCGCCAUGGAACGAGCUCGACUGGAAGGUCUCGCCCCGGAAGCCCCUCGUCAAGCCCAAGCCCGCCGCGCACCUCACGCACAAGCGCACGCUCACGCCCUCCCCUGCCGACGCUGGGCCCGUUUUCCAGCCGCUCCGCCCUGCCAACACCAAGUCCAAGGCGACGUUGUUGGCGUCCGAGCCUGGCGUGCGCAGUGCGACGCCUCCCGUGACGGCGGAGGUCCCCGCGCCGUCCUCGCGCACGUUCGGCUCGCGUCCGUCCAAGGUUGGCCUGAAAUCCUCCAAAGGCGAGGAAGACGUGCAGCCGUCCCCGACCCCUGUCUUCAGCCGUGUUGGGGGCCACCACCGCAAGGGCUCCUCGCUCGUCCCGAUGAACAGCAAGGGCAGCAUGGGCAGCCUGCGUCGGUUGGGCGUCACGAUCACUCCGGAGGCGCGCAAGGGCCUCGGGCUGUGCGGCACGUUGGGGAGCUCGACGGAGCCGGACGUCGAUCCCGAGGAUCCGGACUCCGACAUCCCGGACGAGCUGCAAGUCAUCCUAUCUGGUCAGAGCGACGAGGAGAACACGCGCCCGCUCAGUCCCUUUGACGAUACGCUGUCGUUCAGGCCGCCGCCGUCGCCUGGCUCCCCGCCGAAGAGUGCGUUGCCUGUUCCUGAGCAGCCCGCAGAGGGCCAGGAGAAGGAGCUGCCUGUCUUCCAGGCGCAGCUGUUUGACGCCGAUGCCAACAAGGCCGAGCUUGACGAUGGCGAGCGCAGUCCCACGUCGCCUUCGGAGGACGACACCAAGAAGUCGUUCGACUUUACGGGCGAGCUGAAGAAGCUGAAUGAAUCUGGCGGCUCCGACCGCGCGAGCUUCGUCGAGCAGCUCGAGACGGCGUUCAAGACCCCCGCGCGCAUCGAGCUCGAGUUCGACUUUGCUGCCGACAGCCUGCUUGCGCCUCCCGUCCCACCGCUCCCGCAGAAUUUGCGCCCGGCCCCUGCGGAGGACAUCCCCAAGAGCUUCUCGAACUUCAACGAGACGACGUCGCUGUAUGGCGGGUCGGACGAGACUGGGAACCGCGACUCGGGCAUGUCCCAGGACCAGGAGCACGACAUCAGCUUCAUGAUGCGCGAGCUCGAGGACCAGUGCCGCGUGUACCCGCCCGCGAAGUCGAGGUCGCGCCAGUCGUCGAUGCAGUCUAAGCCUUCUGACGGCCGUCUCAACCGCGAGUUCAAGUUUGGGGGCAAGCCGGUCGAGCAGGGUUCCUCGACAACCACGGAAUCAGAUAUCGUGCCGCUGACGCUUUCGGACAUCAUCCCGCCGUUGUCGCACUCGCGCGCGCAGUCGAAGAGCUCGAUUGUUGAGGAGGACAGCUCGGUCCUCAAGUCGAUCUUGGCGAAGGCGGCUGAGAUCUUGCCUGCCGAGGAGAGUCGCUCGCGUGUCAACUCGAUCGCGAGUUCUAAGCUCCACUCCUCAUCAACACAGCUGGACCAGACGGCAAACACGCAAGGCCACUCCCGCGAGCCGUCUGCUGCGAGCUUCACUGGCUUCGAGUCGUUCGACGAGGUGCGACGCGGUUUCGAGUUCGGCCCGAACCGUCCUGCGUUCUACCCGCCGUCCCAGGCUGUCUUCCGGCCUCAGCAUGGCCGCGACAUGUCCGUGUUCAGCAUCGCCUCCGUUUCUUCGUACGGCGCGGUUGUCAACGAUGGUACUCAGGAUCCUUUCGGGUAUGCGCAGGAGGGUCCCAGCCGGCCACCGUCGAUGGACGACAUCUCAAUCUCGAUGUCCAUGUCGGUCGACGACACGUUCUCGUUCAUCCGCCGGGCUAAGCCGCGCAGACGCGUCGACAGCGAUGCUUCGAGCUUCUACUUCCAGCCGUCGCACAUGAUGCAUCCGUACCGUCGUGGUCACCGCCGCGGGCCUUCGGCAAUGUCCGUCUCGUCGAACGCGCACGGUCCCCCCGUCAGCUUGUACAACCGCAGUUUCGGCGUGCACGCGCACAAGAGGAACGACUCGAACACGAGCGCGAGCUCCGUCGCGCUGUCGUACGCCAUGCACGGUGCUAACGGUGGCCGCGCGGCGUGGGCGAGCCACACGCGCGACUUCUCGGUGGACUCUAUCAUGAGCGACUAUUCGGAGCGGCCGAUGGCGCGUCCGGGCUUGGGCGACAAGAUGUUCGACAAUGCCCACGGCGCCCCGCUCAGCGCAAUCUCGGCUUCGCCCGAGAGCACGUACAGCGAUGAGCGCGAAGAGGCGAACCGGACGUCGUGGGACUCGAUCAUGGACAACGAGACGGGCAGGUUCACGUCCGCAGUGGAAGACUCGCUGUUCGACAAGACUGGGAAGCGGACGUCGAUGUCAUCUGAGUCUGUCUUUGGCAUCGACCCGUCGUUCGCCCAGUAUGCGCGGUACCUUCCUAGUCAGCAGUACCGGCCGUUGUCAAUCAUGAGCGAGCAGAGUGUCCAUAGUCCUGUCAAGGAGGACGAUACCAUGAUCACGAUGCUCGGCGGCGGACAUGUUCGUAGGAGGUCUAUCAGCUCCUUGGUUGAGACUUCGCCCUGCGUUCGUAUGGAGCGCAAACAGCACACGGCACACCCUGGGCGCAUCCUUCAAUUCGACAUGAUUGAGCCCUCUGCGAAGGAGUCGCCAGCCAAGACCUCGCGGCUCGUCGCACAGCCUUCCAUUGCUUCGACGUCUUCGUUCCAGUUCGGUGGGGAGCGCAUGAUCAAGGCGCGCCAGGGACUGCUCGAGCGUCAGAGCUUGGAGGACAGCGCACUGAUCGCGCAGGGAGAGGACUUAUUGGAUUCUUUGCGCGAGCGUUCCAUCUUCAGCAAGCCAACUUCGGCUGGACGGUCGCGAUCAAGUACUUGCACCUCAGCUUCGUCUGGUGUGGAUACGCCUCCUCUCUCGUCGUCGGAUGGUUCUUCGGUAUCUGGCGGCUCUCAAUCCAGCAUCGACAUUGGACACCUCAACACCCUGCUCACUAACGCCUCUCAUCCCAGCAGUGGUGUCGCCCGAGCCCGAGCGCGUGCUCGGGCCAGAGGCACAGGUCAUCGCCGCAGGAUCGACCAGGCUCGGAUGUCUCGUUCGUCCGUGUAUGAGACUAUUGAAGAGGAAGCAUCUGUCCUCGCCAGCUCGCCGUCGACUCAGCGCUCUACCCCGCAGAGUCUCGCGAAGCAGGCGGUAAAUUCGAGCGCGAUGAUGAACGAUUCAGUCUAUAUCGUCGAGAGCGACAGGGACUCCGUCUACAGCGAGUAUAGCGAUGAGCAUGGCAUUACGACCCUUCGCAGGUACUACGCACUGCGCAAUGAGGCUCAGGUUACUGUCGACGAGAGCAAGCGUAUGUGGAUGGAUACUCCCUUCUCCCUCUUCGCGUUGCAAUCGUUCCAUCCUCCCCGCGAGCCCAUUGCCAUGCAAGCCUUGCUCGAGCACUCCCAGAAGAACUAUGGACCUCUUCCUUCCGAGCUCCGUCCCCAUCGCGUCCGUUCACGAACCUCGUCAAGACCCUCGCCGUAUCCCCUCAGGAGCAUGCGGUCAUUGACCUCUCCCGAGAGGACCCGCUCGUCGCCCAUGCAGGUCUUCACUGAUGCCCCGAGCAAGCCGUUUGCAGCGUCCCUCCACGAUCAGACCGUUUUGCGUGAAGUCCAACGGAACACGAACGUUGAUGUCCCCACGCCGCCACCGGUGUUGGGUGAGAUCAAGCCGUUCACGCCUUUCAAUGUCGAGCUCGAGACGUCCAAGCAGGGCAAGAACGCCAUCGGCCUCCCUGCGCGCCCGCGUGUCACUUCGAGUACCCGUCGUGCGGCCCUUGGAUGGUCGAAGCGGACUGGCAAGUCGAGCACGCAAGAGUUCAAGGAGAACUCGGCCAUAAUCCCUACUCCUUCCGAAACCCUUAGGAUCAACCGCCCACGGCCUCGCGGCCGGCCGACGCCCGCUCGGGUACCUGUACCUGCUGCAUAA